CAUUGUCUUUUGUCCACCACCAUUGUAUGCCUUGACUAAAACAUCAAUAUUCUGUUAGUAGGAUGUUAAAUAAUGGUAUGUCAGAAAUGAAAAUACUGUAGCAUGGGAGGAGACGAAGGGACUGUACUGUUCUGUUGUAGUAAUGUGAAAACCCUAAUAAACCAUGAGUAAAACACUCUUCUAUUGAAAGUCAUUGUCACAGACGCGGUAGCGGCUACUCUAGAGUAACGACUCCUCAAAGCGUUGUCUUUUCAUCCUUUUAUUUAGUGCUGAUUAUUUACAGUGCAGAACAGUGCUAUGUACAUGUUGUCAGUUAGGGGUCAGAACCUCCGAAUGGAGGUUCGCGCGUUUUCUUCCAGCAAAGUAGUCUAGGGAUACUGAAUCUCCGCCCCCGUCGUUUCCUGCGCAAUUCCGGGGUCGGCGGGAUUGGCCUUCUUCCCUUGCCUCCCACUUCCCUUCCCACACUGGGCAUGGGCACCUUGCCUGAGCCUCGGUCACCACUUCCUGAGUCUCCGCUGGAGAUAUCUCCCUCCCCACUAGCACUAGCGCUGGGCGACGAGCUGGUACUUAAGAUGGGAGGGACCUGCCUGUAACUUCUGUCCCUCACAGUCAUGUUGCUAUCCAAAUUAAUUACACAGCUGUGGGGCUUCCUUAUCAAAGGACAGUGAAGGCCAAAUUGCACCUCUCAGUAUUUUCUCCUAAGAGCUGCAUGAUGAAGGAAACAGGGAGGGUAUCCAGGGGCAGGUGGUGAGUGACACAGCCUAAAUCUGUGCAGUCAAGAAAUAGGGUUCCUGAAGAAGGCAAACUGGGAAGCAGAAAAGAGUGGCAUGAACAAAAGUAAGUUGGGAUCUGCUUUUUAGGAGGAACGGUAGAGGCUCUUGGGCCAGAGAAAAUCACUUGAAUUAUUAGAAACUUUUGCUAUCACUAGCGAAGUACAGAAGUUAUCUGUCUUGGCCUUCUUAAAUAUUUUAUGCUAUGAAAGGGCACUCGGGCUGGAUGCAUGACAAGGGCUGGCUUUCAGUAAUCUUUAGCAGUGUCAGUUGUGCCUUUCAGAGGGGUUUCUUGGCCUGCGAAGAAUUCUUGUGGAAGAGUCUGCGCUUCUGGGAUGGCUGCUGCUGUCAGUCACAGGUCCUGCAGCUGGUAAGAUGGAUCUCUCCCAGCAGCUUCUCAGAAAUGAAGACUUAUCUCUUCCGGCCAUUGUUGAAGCUUUUUUCCAUUUCAUCUCUCUCUUUUAAGUAUGAAGUUCUUGAAAGCCUAAGGGAACUGUUACUGAACGUGCUGAAUUGCCACAAGCAAGCAGACAUAGCAACAGAAUCAAACGUUGAUGUGUUGAACACCACCCAACUUGACCUGAUAAGCUCCUUCAUUCACUUUGUAAACAGGCUCUCAACUGUUGGUCUGUGCUUGGAGAACAACUCUACUUGGUUGAUGAAUGUUAUCCUGGAUUUCUAUGAGACAGUGUCUGAUACAUAUCUAAAGUACAACCUCCCCUUGUUUAUGAUGCUUCCUGCUGGAGUCUUCUAUCCAGCACUUCUCAGCAUGAAUUCUGCCACACUUGACCAACUCUGCUACAUUAUGUACAGGUGUCGAAUCAACCUGGUGGCUGCAAAAGAAAACUCCAAGAUUAAAAAGGGGAGAAGAUGACAACAGUACCAUGAAUUUCUCUGCUCCCAAGAAUUACAAGGCCUGAAGCUUUUGAUCGAAAGUAGCAUUUGCCGUGCUCCUCAAGAGAAAGUAAGGCAUAAAUGGAAACGAUUGAUUGAUUCUUACAGUCUGUUAUGAACUGGUAUUCUUCUGAAAAUAAGAGGAAUAUUUUUUUAAAAAUAAAAUAUGUAUUUAUUAAAAGAUUUUAAUGAGUAACAAAAGUGCAUUUUAAUGAGUAACAAAACUGUUUUCAGACAUCGUGAUAGUUUCUGGUCUGUGACCGUAAUAAAUCAAUUCAAUUCAGCAUUGUGAUAUAUCAAAAUAUUGUGAUGCUUAGCUGGUGAUUUAUCGUAAUGUUGAAAACCAGCUAUCGCCCAGCCCUACCUGUGUUAUGUGUCUGUGCCUGGUUGUGGAGUUUGAAACUUUUCUUUCUUGUGGUUUGCACAGAAGUCAAAUGGGCAAAAGGAGGAGAAAUCGAGCAACCUGUCAUUCUCUACCAACUUCAUAUGUUUUUAAGGAAAGGGCUGGUGCUGUGUAGUUUUUACUGUAAUGAUCUGUAGAUUUUAAAUCAAUAGUGUAUAUGCGUGUUUUAUGUUUUUCCCCUAUCUCCGUUUCAGCAGGAUGGUCCCUGUCAGGGAGAAAGGUAGGAUAUGAAUAAUAAUUAUUAUUAUAAUUGUCACAGGGGCGGUAGUGGCUACUCUAGAGUAACGACUCCUCACAGCUUUGCAUUUUUAUCCUUUUAUUUUGUGCGAUCUAUUUACAGUGCAGAGUCAGUACAUGUUGUCAGUCCGGGUCAGAACCUCCGAAUGGAGGUUCGCGCAUCUUUUUCCAGCAAAGUAGCCUGGGAAUACUGAAUCUCCGCCCCCGCCGUUUCCUGCGCAAUUCCGGGACUGGUGGGAGCGGUCUCCUGGCCGCGCUUUCCUUGCUUCCCCUUUCUUUCCCUAAGCGGAGCAGUGGCUCUGCUACCCUGCCUGAGCCCUGCCCUCUACUUCCUGAGUCCCCGCUAGAGUCAUCCCCCUCCCCGCUUCCACUGGCACUGGGAGACGAGCUUGUGGUUAAGAUGGGAGGGGGCUAUCUGUAGCUUCUGUCCCUCACAAUAAUUUUCACAGAAAUGUCCCUUUUUGAGCUAUCCCUCUGUUUUAAUUUUCUAAAUAAACUUGUUUAUUGAGCACUGCAAUCAUAAUUGACAGCACUUGAAUGAGAAACAAAAAAUUCAAAAGGAUAACCAUCUUUAAAGCAGCUAUGCGUUCUGACUGAUAAAUGUACAUCUUUCCGAGAUCUACA